GGUGCACAGGGCCUGCUGAGCCUCUGCCAGCCUCUCCGUCCUCUCUCCGCAGGCUGGUGGAGGAGGUGAAGGAGCUGUGUGACGGACUGGAGUUAGAAAAUGAGGACGUUUACAUGGCCACCACCUUUAGGGACUUCAUUCAGCUCCUAGUGAGGAAGCUGAGAGGGGAGGACGACGAGAACGAGUGUGUCAUUAACUACGUGGAAAAGACAGUGAACAAGCUGACUCUCCAAAUGCCCUACCAGCUCUUCAUAGGCGGAGAGUUCGUGGACGCUGAGGGCGCUAAGACCUACAAUACCAUCAACCCAACGGAUGGAAGUGUCAUCUGCCAGGUGUCCCUGGCUCAGGUGAGUGAUGUCGACAAGGCGGUGGCGGCAGCGAAGGAGGCCUUUGAGAACGGACUGUGGGGAAAGAUAAACGCGCGUGACCGUGGCCGGCUCCUGUACAGGUUGGCAGAUCUCAUGGAGCAACACCAGGAAGAGCUAGCCACCAUUGAGGCCCUGGAUGCAGGCGCCGUCUACACCCUGGCCCUGAAGACACAUGUGGGCAUGUCCAUCCAGACCUUCCGAUACUUCGCUGGCUGGUGUGAUAAGAUCCAGGGUGCCACCAUCCCCAUCAAUCAGGCUAGACCCAACCGCAACCUGACCUUGACCAAGAAGGAACCUGUUGGGGUCUGUGGCAUUGUCAUUCCCUGGAACUAUCCCUUAAUGAUGCUGUCCUGGAAGACCGCAGCCUGCCUGGCUGCUGGGAACACCGUGGUGAUCAAGCCUGCCCAGGUGAGUGCACACUCUCUGGACCAGGCUAUGUCCCAUGAAGGGAAUGGGGGACUUACU